UCUGCAAUAAGCUGGCUCGUCAUAUUUAAUGAAGGCGUAUGCUGAGCGUUUUAAUAACGUUAAAGCGUGUAUUGAAAUGUUUUGAAGUGAAAUAACAGAUAGAUAAAAGCGUGCCUGUGUGUUAUAUUGCACUGCGCUGCGGGUGCUCGUGUUAUGACGUUGCCGCUGGUUUUGCAGGGGCUUGUUUUGGCGCGAGAUGGUGGAGUUUUCCAUUGAGAAACCGGAGAGCAGCCGGCGCGCUCUGUAGCGAGCAAAACACCGUGCCGGGAAACACGCUAGCAGAGCCUGAUAGCUCCCCUCUUCUCUGCUGUCAGGACUGUAAUUUCAGGACUUGUACACGAUGAACUGUGAGCUUUUAGCAACGUGCAGCGCCUUAGGCUACCUGGAGGAGGAGACCUACCACCGGGAGCCAGACUGCCUGGAGAGCGUGAAGGACCUGAUCCGAUACCUGCGCCAUGAGGACGACACGAGAGACAUCCGGCAGCAGCUGGGAGCCGGGCGCAUCCUGCAGAACGACCUGCUGCCCCUCGUCGUACAGCACCACCAGGACAGGGCGCUGUUCGACGCCUGCAUCAGGCUAAUGGUGAAUCUUACCCAGCCGGCGCGGCUCUGUUUCGGAAAGGUCCCGGACGAUCCCGCCUUCCGACAUCACUUCCUGCAGGUGGAGUCCUGUCUGCAGGCCUACAAGGAGGCCUUUGCUAAUGAGAAGUUAUUUGGGGUGCUCAGCGAGAAACUCUACACCCUGCUACAGCUGGACUGGGAGCAGAGGCAGGAGGAAGAUAACUUGCUGAUCGAGAGGAUCCUGCUGCUGGUCAGGAAUGUGCUGCACGUGCCAGCGGACCCCAGCGAAGAGAAGAGCCUGGAUGACGAUGCCAGCCUGCAUGACAAGCUGCUCUGGGCGAUCCACAUGAGCGGCAUGGACGACCUCAUCAAGUUCCUGGCCAGCUCCCCGAGCGAGCACCAGUGGAGCAUGCACAUCCUGGAGGUGAUCUCACUGCUUUUCAGAGAGCAGACUCCAGAGCAGCUGGCCAGCACUGGGCAGGCACGCUCGGCUCGUGAGAAGGACAAGGACUCUCAGGAGCUGGAGAUCCUGAGACAGAGAGAGCUGGCUGAGAAGAGGAGCCGCUCCCUGCAACGAGGCAACAGGCACUCCCGGUUUGGUGGCUGCUACGUUGUCCAGGGGUUGAAGUCAAUCGGAGACAGUGAUGUCAUUUACCACAGGGGCCUGCAAAAUUUCAAGGACUACAGCCACGACUGUGGGAAAGCAGUGCGGAGAGUUCCUAAGAGACGGCAGGCAGCGCGGGAGAGCCAGGGCAAGCGCCGCUCCGCCCUCAACGUGAGGCUUUUUCUGAAGGAGUUCUGCACCGACUUCCUGCAGAACUGCUACAACAGCCUCAUGUACCAGGUCAAGGACGGACUGAUCAGAGAGAGGGCUCAGCAGCACGAUGAGACCUACUACCUGUGGGCUCUGUCCUUCUUCAUGGGCUUCAACCGCAGCCUCCACUUCCAGCCCGAGCUGGUGUCCGAGACCGUGUCCAUCCGCACCUUCCACUACAUCGAGCAGAACCUGACCAACUACUACGAGAUGAUGGUGACCGACCGCAGGGAGGCGUCCGCCUGGGCCCGCAGAAUGCACCUGGCUCUGAAGGCGUACCAGGAGCUGCUGAUGACGGUGAACGAGAUGGACCGCUCGAAAGACAAGAACAUCCAAGAGAGCGCCCGGAUCAUCAAGAGUAACAUCUUCUACCUGAUGGAGUUCCGGGAGAUCUUCCUGGCUCUGCUGCGCAGGUUCGAUGAGACCAGGCAGCCGCGCUCCUUCCUGCAGGACCUGGUGGAGACCACUCACCUGUUCCUGCGCAUGCUGGAGCGCUUCUGCAAGGGGCGCAACCACCUCCUCGUGCAGAAGAAGAAGGUGCAGAGGAGGAGGGAGUCCAAGUCGAAGAAGAGACAGGGAGGAGCGCACAAGGAGAGCUCCCCCGAAGAUCUGGAGGAGGCAUGGCAGGCUGUGUAUCAAGAGCUGCGGGCCGUUGGCUCAAAGUUGUCAGAGUCAGUGCUAGAGGGCGCUGUCCCGUUUGAUGCUGCCUCAGAGAUUCCACUUGAAGAUCAGAGAGCAGAGGCCAUGGUGCGCAUACAGGACACUCUACUGUUCAAGCAGGGGCCGGAGGCACUGGGGCUGCUGAGAGCUGCACGGGAGGUGUGGCCAGAGGGGGACGUGUUUGGAUCACCUGACCUGGAGCAGGAGGAGGAGUUAGAACUCCUGAAGCAGAUCCUAUUCGCCAACCUGCCCAGGCCCCCCGCCCCUGAGCCUGAGGAGGAAGAGGCGAGAGAGGAGGAGGAGGCAGAGGAAGAGGAGCUGGAGUCUGUGCGUGUCUCGGAGACGGAAUUCAACUUCCUCGACUACAUAAAGAGGUUUGCCAACGCAAAAAUCUUGAAGCCCUACGUCCAGCUGCUGAAGAGCUACCACCAGAACAGCGUCCACACCAACCACUGCAUCGUGCGCAUGCUGCACCGCAUAGCGUACGAGCUCAAGAUGGAGCCCCUGCUCUUCCAGCUGUCUGUCUUCUGUCUGUUCAACAGGAUCCUGGGAGACCCGGCCGCCCCGGUAGCGUACAAGGAGCUGGUGACCUUCGCGAAGUUCGUGCUGAGCCGCUUCUUUACCCUAGCGGCGCAGAAUGACAAGGCGUACGUGGAGCUGCUGUUCUGGAAGAACGUGGGGGCGGUGAGAGAGAUGACAGAGGGGUACCGCAAACCAGGAGAGGAGGACAGCGCUGGCUCGAAAAAGCGAGUGACCUGGACUGAGGAGGAGGAGGAGGAGCUGAGACAGCUCUACAUGCAGCACUGCAAGGCUGAGGACGCGGAUGUGAUUGACAGCCUGCUUCCUCGCCUGCAGAACCCUCACCGCACGCGCCGUCAGGUAGCCAAUCACCUGGUCCAGAUGGGUCUGGUGCACAGCAUCAAGGACCUGAAGAAGGAGAGGAAGGGCAAAGGCACCCACAUUGUGGUGUGGACAGAGGAGCAGGAGCUGGAGCUGCAGACUCUCUUUGAGGAGUUCAGAGACUCUGCUGAUGUCUUGGGGAGCAUCAUGAAGUUCAUCACUGCGAAGCGCUCCAAGCCUCGCCUGGUGGAGAAGCUGCUCAGCCUGGGGCUGGUCUCUGAUCGCAAGGAGCUUUACAAGAAACGACGAGGCAGGGCGGCCGGCAAGCCCUCCGGCAUGACAGAAGAGGAGUUCUUCACUGAGCUGGGGGCCGAACCUCACCAAGAAUUAUCAUGGGAGGAGGAGGAGGAGGAGGAAGAGGAGGAGAGCGAGGGAGAGGAGAGCAAGGAGAAGAGAGAGCGAGCCAGGGGGGAGGGCAGGAGAAGAGCAGGCGGGGCAGACAGCAGCGUGCAGAAACUGCUGCACAAGCUGAGACAGGAAGGAGUCUCCAGUCCCUUGCUGUGGCUGCAGCACUGCCUGAACAGGACUGCGGCUGACAGAGAGGAGGACGGGCAGGCUCAGCCCGUGCCCCUGGUGCCCCUCACAGAGGACAAUGAAGACGCCAUGGAGAACAAGCACUUCCAGAGACUGCUCAAGAAACUGGGCAUCCGGGCACCGGCCAGUGAGCAGGAAUCCUUCUGGAGAAUCCCAGCCACGCUCACCCCUGCCCAGCUGCGGGACUCUGCCUCGUCCCUGUGUCUGAGUGAGGGGGCUCCCCCGGGGGGCUCCGAGGAGGAGGAGGAGGAGGAGGAGGAGGCUCCCCCGGGGGGCUCCGAGGAGGAGGGGGAACAGGGGGCGGAGCAGAGGGCAGGAGCACUGAGAGCGCUGCUUCUCGCCCGCAAGAGGAAACGGGCCCACCCCGACACUGCAGGCACAGAGAUGGAGUCCCCCGCACAGCCAGUGAAACCAGCCCUGGACUCGGAGUCUGAGUCAGACAGUGAAACCAGCAGAGAGCCUGAGAGGAGAGCCGCCAGAAAGCAAGCGGCUAAGCGAAGUCGAGUUCUGGAUAGCGAUGAAGAGGAAGAGGAGGGGUCUGAAAAAUCAUCGCCGAUGGAUUUAGGGGGACGGGACCCCAAUUCAGACGCAGAGGAGAGAACGGCGCCGACCAAACGCAGACGCCACAGAAUCGAGGAUGACGAUGAAGAUUAAACGCUGAAAUUCUUUUAACAAUCAAAAACCAGGGCACACAAAAAUAAAUUUCUCAAAUAGGCUCAUCGUCCAGUCUCUUGUGAGAGGAGACUGUUACCUCUCCUCAUUGCUAUGGUUUCCAGAGCCCUUUAGUGUGAUUUUCUCCAGGCACCAAAAAAGAAUGAGUGCACCAAUCCGCUUGCAGCUCACACCUGAAUCGCCCAAUGUCUGCGCAGUGGGAGGGACCUGGAAAUGCAGUUCCAAAUAAAGGGCCUGUUCUGGGCUGGUUUGUGAUUAGCUGUGAUUUCUGCCUCUCUGUUUGGGAGCUGAGGGAUCAGUGUUAACUCCCUUGAUGUUGAAAUUGAAAUAUGUACCACUGUUAUAUUGAGGACUUGUAUUUUUGCAAUAUAAAGAAAGAGGGGUUUUUUUUGGGCUCACCCAGUCAACAGGAGUCUGGUUCACUUCAGCAGCCUCUGUACAGUGACCUCUGUAGUUCUUACGGGAUCACUGAUCACCCUUCUGGUUUUUGUCAAGCUUGUUCACAGAUCCGAUUGGUUGAUCUAUUUUGGGAUAAAGAUGUCCCGCGUACAGGAGUAGACAGCAUAGCUAGUUUUAGAGUGAUGUCAUUUCCAUCUGAUACUGUCUGACAGACAUUUCAGAGGGCUGCAACACAUCAACAUCACGGUCUACUAUAUUACACACAAGCAAGGAAGAAAUUAAUGUUUUGACCUCUCUAUGCAUUUCAGGAAACGUUUGUUUGAUUAUUUAGCCCUUGAGCUUCAUUUGAAAUUGAAACUUGCAGCAGCAAGGUGACACUCAGCAGCAGAAGAAGUGGGGAAGACUCUAUACCAUCCUGCUGCUGUAAGUGUGCACAAUUACAAUAAAUACAUUGCAAGCCAUCCUUUUCCAGAAGCUAGAGCUUGUGGAAGUGCUGAUUUAGUAAUUAUCAGCACUUUAUAGAGCUGUGUGUUUAACAUGUUGAAGUGCUGAGGCAGGGGGAGUUCACCAGCUUUACAUGGCUUGCGUUCACAGAGAACAGAAGCAGGUGAGCUGACUGUUACCCCCAGUGUUUACCUGCAAAGCUAGAAUACUUUUUAAGAUGAUGUUGUUGGUUGCUGUUGAUGUAGAUUUUACAAAGUACAGCUGUUUUAUUCUUCAAUUCACGUUCCUGUUUAAAAUGUGAGUGUGAGUGAGUAUAAUCAAUAAAACUUGUGAACGCC